CGCAUCCACUCUCUCUCUCUCUCUCUCUCUCUCUCUCUCUCUCUCUCUCUCUCUCUCUCUCUCUCUCAUAUUUUGGGCAUCCAUUCGUCAAAAAAAAUGAAGGCAUCAUACAAUAUGGCGGUGAUGGGAGUAGUACUAGUGGUGUUUCUGGUUUUGGCGUGUGAAACAGAGGUGUCAAUGGCUGUGACAUGCACCCCAACAGAGCUGAGUCCAUGCGUGACCGCGAUCACGUCAGGGAAGCCCCCUUCGAAGCUCUGCUGCACCAAGAUCAAACAGCAAAAGCCCUGCCUUUGCCAGUACAUUAAGAACCCCAACCUCAAGAAGUUCGUUACUUCUCCCAAUGCCAAGAAAGUCGCUUCCACUUGUGGGGUUCCCAUCCCCAAGUGUUAGAAUAUUUCAUCCCCGGCCCCCACAAAUCUCUCAUCCAGAGAGAAUGACUCUCUCUCUCUCUCUCUCUCUCUCUCUCUCUCUCUCUCUCUCUCUCUCUCAUGGAGAGGAGGAAUGAGUAGAGUUUAUAUUAUGUUCUGGUGAUCCUGAUACAGGUAAUUGUGUGGGGAGUAAAUUGUAGUGUAAUGAAUAAGUGGACUCUGUCAGGUUAAUUCUGGUGGUAUUUCCAAUUAUAGUACAAUGUUUGGUUGUUAUUAUUAAUCAUGGCUGUAUUACCCCCCCUAAAGUCUCUGAAUAUAUGAAGAUCUAAGUUUAUUAGAACGAGAUCAAGGAUCUAUAAAGGUAUCAAAUUCACCCUUUCGCGGAA